UGAAGGAGAAGAUUUGAGUAUAAGUGAAACAAAAAGUAAUUUUGUAUUUGUCUUGAGAAGAAUGAGGCAUGGUGGAUUUCCUUUGGAAUUAUCAGCAGGAGUGAAGGAAAGGAGCAGAUUCAGACAGCUGGUAGAGGUGAACUAAUCUGCCCUGUGUCCAGGGAAGGUUGAAUCUGCAGGGUGUAAAUGAGAAGGGUGAGGCUGGGAAGAGAUCAUUGUGAAAGUGAUGGAAAUUGGCAGGAGCUGUUGUACCUCGGAAAGAAUUUGAGAAAAGAUGAGAAAUGAAUUGAUGUAGAAAUAAGUUUGGUGCAGCAAGGAAGUCUGAAUGAAUAAGCACCCCGUGCAGUUCGGUAGGGGAGGAGCAGAAACUAGCCGCGUUAGGAACUUCUUGAGUCAGAAAACUAUCUACGGACAUGAAGUCAGUGAGCAUGUGGUUAGUGGUUAGCUAGUGGAAAUUUUGGCUGAUGCAAGGUGGCUUCUCCCAGACCUUCUAACACUCGCCUCCAAACUUGUCUUCAGGCCAGUCUCCAAAAAUCUUACAUUUAAUGUCCCUCCCUCUCCUGGCAAACUAUUAAUCUGCCUCCAACCUCUUUCCUCUGAAACCCUUGAACACACACAUCUCCUAAAACUCUGCAUUUCUUCCAUAAGUCCAUGCCUAUUUCUUCCCCCCCCCCCCCCCCAAAAGUCAGGCUUUCACCCUGCUUCCAUAUAAAUGAUCAACUCUGUUUUGUGAGGAAAGAACUCCCAGCAAGCAAAUCAAAUGGCAGUGAGCCAGUAUUUCGUGUCUGUAGUACAGGGUCCAAAAAGUCCUGGAAACCAUCCAGGAUUCAAACAAAAUUUUAACUUGCUGUUAAAAAUAAUAAAUUAAUUGAAUUGUAUUAUGCAUUUGUAUUUGCUUCGUCAAGCCUCCAAGCAUUUUUUUUAGAUAUAUUCUAAUCAUUCUGUGCGGACUGUUCCUUAACCUCUUCAACCAUUUUUAUUUUUUUAUCCAAUUCUCAGAUACUUUUUACUGGUAAAAUAUUGUGUUUCAACAGUUCAUGCUGUGAUAUUUUUCGCAACUUUAAAUUCAGUGCUCUCUAAUUACAAAGUGCAAAUCUACCCCUAAUAAUGCUUGAAGAUGUCAAGGGAUUUAUUUUUUUCUCUUGUUAUUUUCCUUCAUUAGUUAAAGUUUAUUGUUGUCAUGGGAAUACAUACCCAGUAGGGUUUACAUGCCAUGAAAAUUAGCUUUUUGCAGUAGCAGCACAAUAUGUUUCAAAACAGGGCAAACAUUGAUUAACAAAUUAUACAUAACUUGCAUGUUCAGAAAAUAACAAUGUGCUGUGGAGAAGCAAAGAGCAAGGAAAGAGCCAUUAAAUGUUAAAUUGGACUACCUGGCGGGAACCACGAUCGUUAUUGAUAAUAUGGUAACUUGUACAUUCAAUAAAAUUUUGCAAUUUAACUAACAUCUUCCAUUAGUUCAAAUUUGCAUGUUUAUCUCACACCUCUAUUGUUUAAUGUACAACAUUGUACAAAAUACACACACACACUCCUAUACCUAUAUACCUGUAUCUCGGGUACCUAAAACUUUUGCACGGCGCUGUAUUUGUCAACGUGGGCAGAGGGCGAGUUUGUAAAUCUGGCAGGAGCGAAGGAUGUUGGGAAUGGUGAGGGUGGAGUGCUGCGGGAGGGGUGACAGAGAGUGGCAUGGGUGCAGACAGACCCAGCUCUGAGAGACAAGGCAAGGUAAUUUAAUCCCAAACAAUUGAUUUAUUGAUCAUUGCAGAAUAUCUCUGAUGCUUUCCGCUCCCUCGCCUCUCCCGCUUUUCCCAACAGUGAUUUCCCUCUCCCUGACCUUGCCCACUGUCUGUGCACAAUGGAUAUCCAUAUCAAAAUCAAGUUUGUCAUCACCCAUGUACGUCAUCAGAUUUUUUUUGUGGCAGCAGUACAGUGCAAUACAUAAAAUUACUACAGCACUGUGCAAAAAGCUUAGGCACUCUAGAUAUAUAUAUAUAAUAUAUACACAUCCCCAAGGCUUUUGCACAGUACUGUGAUUGUAACAACAUGCUUAAUGGCUGGUGCCUCUGCCAUGUUUUCUUCAAUGUACUUGGAAAUCUUCAUAUCCUUAUUUCAAAAUUUCAUUUGAAAUUUCUUGCACUGAGUUGUACCUGUUUAUUCUGUUUGAUAUCAAAUAAUUUCAAUAUCCCUUCAAUGCUACAAAUCUGCUGCAGAGAUCAAGAGCUAUAGGUUCUCUUGUGGAUGGUGUUAGUUUUAAAAUAUAACGAGAUGCACCUCAGAUGCAAUAGAGGAAUGGGGUGAAUUGGAACCAGCAAGGUUUUGAAUUACAAGUUUCACAAUUGGUUUUCAUUUGACUUUAUUGAACUGCCAGCUGUGAUGGUGAGAUGGAAAUCUUCAAUGAUCAACUCAGUGGCUCAGAUAUAAUUCCAGUGGUAUUAAAAUGGGCUAUUUCAAGCAAAAGAGGGUGUCAUAGCAUAAUUGUUUAACUAGGUGUGGUGUGUUCCUGAGAGGAGCUGGUAUGGACACAAUGAGGUCAAAUGUUCUGCAUCCUUAAGCCCUCACAGGUCAGAAUGUGAUGUCAAUCUUCAGUCCAUGGUUCGAAGUGUCCAGAAAUCUCCAAAUGGUUGUCAUAAUUUGGCUCUGCAAGGUCACCAUGGCAGAUUGGGCUGCAGCGGAGAGGGCAUGUAAAGAUCCCAAUCCCAUCAUUGAUGGAAGAAAAACUAACGUAAAUCUUGCUUACCUUGGGGCCAAACAACGCACUGUACCUUCAGGAAGUCUUGGCCUACAAGUUCACUCGGCUCUGAUGCAGAGACCUUAUGGAGUUGGACCAUACCUGAUCCCACAGACCAUCAUUCAACCGGGCUUGGUUCUGCCCUCCACCUCAUACCUGGAAUCCAGUGUAGCCUUGUAUGCACAAUACCCUACAUAUGAACAACUCUACCCAGUUUCUUCUCAUUAUCCCAAUCCUGGUUACACCUACACAGUACAACUUCCAUUACAGACUGGAAUUCCAAAUUUAAGCCAAGUUCAGCAUGAGCCAACAAUACUGCACACGGCUGGUCUUCAGAGACGAUAGAAUUGUGGUCGCUUUUCAUGUAUCAUUUACCUGUCUUCAAAGGAACUUUUAAUGUUGCUGGUUUCCAUGUAUGCUGUACCAGUUGGACCUGCUGCCAUUGCAUUGGUAUUGAGAAAUUACUUUUUAAAGUUUUCAUGCAGAAAAAAAAUCAUACAAAAUAGAGGAAGGUCCAAGCAAUUGUUAUACCUACUGGUUCAAUUUCCUCUGUCUUAUUCUCCCUCCUUCCAGGAAUCCUGGAAGUAAAAUCUUCUGUGUAUUUCUGAUCAUUGUUGUCUUUCCCAUCUGAGAGGUAAAAGUCAGCACUGAAAGGGUCUUGUAUUGGAAAUAUAUUUAUUACAUGGCACAGAGGGGGAAGAACACCCAGAAGGCUAUAGGGAUUAAGUGGGUAGCCAGCCCCCCCACUAGACCAGUGUCAGCUAAUAUCAGCUAAAUGUUUAAAGGAAUUUGAUAUCACUCAAACUGUAAAAAUCAGUCACUGACAAAUGGGGGGGAGGGGAAUGUAAUAUUUCUACUGUUGCAAUCUUACUUUUUUUUUAAAUAUUUGUAGAAACCUUUCAAAUGCUUACAUAGCAGACACAGACCUCAAUGUUAGGGAUUGUUGUGUUGCAAUUCCAUGAUUAACUCAGGAUUUUUGUAGAAUUGGAACUUUUAUACUUCCAGAAUUUCUAUGUCAAGCAUGGAAAGACUUUUGGGAGUUCUUUUGCUUGGAUCUGCCAUGCAUCUAGCCAAUCCACAGUAUCUGGUAAAAUAAAGCUGAGGUAAUUUAUGAAUUGAAGCGAUGGAUCAAUAAAUCACUGCUUGAAGGUUUUUUUUUGCUCUCUGAGUAACAAAUUACCCAGUAAAUAUUUAUGAACCAAAUCUAGUUAACCUGUCAUUUUUUAUUUGGUAGGAAUGUACAAAAUGUAGCCUAUUUCCCAUAUGUAGCUGUAUAAAUUUGUUAGCGUAUAUUAUUAUAAACUAAUGCAAAAUGCUGCUAGUGCAGAUAUCUAUCAACAUAAUCCCUGAUGCCAAAAGAACAUGACUUUGUGCCAACCAUAUCUAAGGUAUGUUGUUGGGAACAGGUACUAUGACGGUGCCCACUCUAAACAGAAAACUGGUGCAUAAUUUUGUAAUGCUGAACCAUCCUCAGACUGUUGAAUAUCAUUACAUUCUGAACUAAUUUUGACCAGAUCUUUGUACCAUGGAAUAUAUAAAAAAAAAUCAUUAUGGCAAAAAAAGUUGUACAGUGUGUUUACUGGAACAUUACAAGAACCACAGGGUCCCGAUUAACUUGACUGGUUUUUGCUUAGUUCUCAAACAAAUGGGGUUUCCAACACUCUUAACUUUCAACAUCAGGAGUGAUGUUGUGUAUAAAAAUAGAGGGGUGACUGAAGAUGCACUUAGAAGUACAAAUUGUAAAUCUCAGCAAAUUGCUUUAUCAAAGCCACUGGCUUGAUGGGUGGAAAUGUGGAGAAAGGGACAAAGGCUAUAUAUUAUUGGGGGGGGGGGGGAGAGAGAAGAAUUCUCUCAUCUACAAUUCCUGUUUGUAGUUAAAUUGUAGGUGAAAUCUCAUUUUUUAUUCACUACGAUUCACAGUUAACUACUACCACAAAGUAACAACAAUGAUAACCCUUUUGAAGUACAUCUUAAGUCUUUGGGUUUGUAUCCCCAAUCAGCUUCAUUUCUUUUAUCUUUUAUUUCCCUUAUGACUAACUUGGCUUUCUCCAGUCUGGUUUGUAGGUAGCCGGGAAUGGUUUACCUUGUAUGUUAGUAACAUAUUCUUCAAGAAUGGCUACUCCCCUUGCAGUAGAACUCCAGUGACUCGAGUUCAGUCCUGACCAUUUCCAAUGUAGUGUGGAGGUUUUCCACAUUGGAUUUCCUCCAGAUGUUCCAGUUUCUCCCACAUCACAGUAGCGCAGUGGUUAGUACAAUGGUUUACAGUGCAGGUGACCUGGGUUUUCCCGCUGCUGCCUCUAAGGAGUUUGCCUGUGACCAUGGGUUUCCUCCCACAGCCCAGACGUACUAGUUGGUCAUUGCAAAUUGUCCCGUCAUUAGGCCAGGAUUAAGUCGGAGGAUUGCCGAGUGGCGUGGCUUGAAGUGCCCGCUCUGUUCUGUAUCUUAACAAUAAAAAUAAAUCCCAAACAUUUGGCUGCUUUAAGGAAAUAGAAAGGUUCAUUCAUAAAAGAAAACAUUUAAGAAAUAAUGAUUUGGGCAAUAUGGCUUGUUGGCAAAUUGUAAGUGGGAAUGAUCCGAAAAUAAAUAAAUAAUAUUGGCUGAACUCUGCCUACAAACGGCUGCUCUGAGAAGGGAAACUGGUUAAUACUUUGGGUCAAAGACCCUACCUCAAAACCAGGAUUUUUUUAGAAAACACCCAAGGCAGCAAUCGAAUUGAAGAGAAAUUACAAUUGUGGCAAUGUUUCACAGUGUAAACUGAAGACUGAUUAUACAAACUAAAGCAUCAAAGUUACAGUUUGGGACCUCUGCAGGAACUGCCUGAGAGUGAUCUGAUACAAGUAUAAGAUUAUGGGAGGCACAGACGGAGUAGCUCAAAUCUCUUUUCCUUGGUAGGGUGUCAAAACAAGAGGGCAAAGACUUAAGUUGAGAAGCAGGUGUUUUAAAAGAGAUCUUAAAAGAGGUAACUUUUGUACACAAAGUUCAUAUCUGGAAUAUGCUGACUGGUGCAGUGCUUGCUUAUUCUAUCUGUGUGCUUUUUAAUUUGAAAUACUACAUAGGAUUGCCCCCUCAAAUUCUCCUGAUCUAAUGAGAAACAGUCCUAGUUUCUGCAGUCUAACCAUGUAAAGACAGCCCUUAAUUUAAGCAAUUUUCUUCUGCAACCAUGAUCAGAUUUUAACAUGUUCCCUAAACUGUGGUGCUCAGAAAUAGUCACACUACUUCAUCUGCGGCUGAAGCAAUGUGUUGAAAAGAUUCAUCAUGACUUCCCUUUCCCUGUACUCAAUACUUCUGCUUAUAAAGCUCUCAAUCUGGAAUGCUAUUUUUGAAAAUGGUUCUCUACCUGCCUUGAAAUCCCAUGCAAAUAUACCCCCAGCUCUCUCUGUCCCUGUGCAUUUUGAAUUCUGAAAAUGUGUGGAAAUAGUGGAUUCCAUAAUAUUGCAUCUCAGCUACAGAGUACCCCCCCCCCCCCAGCAGUUCAGGUCAAGGUAAUUCGCAUGUGCUGAACUCACAAAUCACUAUCAAAAACUUGAGGCACAAAAUAACAAUUUGCUCUCGUGGUAAUUAUGUGAGAGAAAAAAAUAAUGGGACAGUGAAAGAAAAACAAGUAACAUUAAUUUUUGCCAUGGACUGGUAAGAGUUUUCUAGGAAAGCAACCUCUCCAUAAUGCAGAGGUGUACUAUACAACCUUUGGGUCCAGGCCAGUUAUAUUGGUACACUAUCUCCCACUUUGUAUAAUACCCAAUCCAGAAAGGGGAGGAGGAAGAGGUGAGGCCGUGUUGUCCCCCAUCCUGGGUAUGAGAGGGAAACAAACUUACCCACCACACCUUCAGUAGCAAUGGCUGCUGCAAGAUUCCUCAUACUCUUUGAAAGACAAUGACUGAGGAAACACAUCAGCUGGUUUCUCAACAGGCACCAAAAACAUAAAGAUUCUUUUUUAAAGUACAAAAGGAUGUUUUGCAAUUAUGCUGUUACCAUCCCCAAUGUGAUUUUUUUUUUACAAUUACUGCUAUUACCAUUCCACGAUUUUUUUUGUCUGCCUUGUACAUAACUUAGCCAUGAUUGUUUGGUUCUGAUGGUCUUGGCCCUCUAGUUUACAUCAUCUCUCCCUAGUCAAUUACUCCACAUUUCCUGCACUACAUUUUAUUAGUCAUAUUUCCAUCCACUUCACCAGCUAGUCUAGAUCUCCUUGAAGGAUUUUAUAUGCUCCUCACAGUUAGUAUGUUUUAAAAUUUUGUGCUAUCUGUAAAAUUGGAAAUUAUGCCCUGUGCACCCAGACCUAAGUCACUAACACCAGUGGUAGCUGCAACCUCGAACAUCCCUCUAGGCACUUCACCAGUCCUCAUGAUGGUUGGUUCGGGAUGACCAUGGAUGUUGUGUCCCAGUUGUCUUCAUGAUAUGCAAACCAGGGCAGUACA